AUGGCGCCUUUCAUUACCAAGUUCGAGCCCUUCGAGCCGACCGAGUUCGUCGUCGACAAGGAGGCUGGUACCCGAUCGCCCGCAAAGCUCGAGAAGGUCGCGAUCGUCGGCAGCGGCAGCUGGGGCACUGCCCUCGCCCGCGUCGCCGCGAUCAACGCUGCCAACCUCGAGGGCUUCGAUGACGAGGUCCGCAUGUGGGUUCGCGAGCGCGAGGUGCCUGGCAAGGGCAAACUCACCGACAUCAUCAACUCGACGCACCAGAACGAGCGAUAUCUGCCUAACGUCGAGCUGCCCGAGAACCUCGUCGCGGUCUCCGAUCUCAAGGAGGUCGUGAAGGGCGCUACCCUUCUCCUUUUCGUCGUUCCCCACCAGUUUCUUCCGAAUGUCCUGAAGACGCUCAAGGAGCCCGGCGUCAUCGACCCGCGAGCCCGCGCGAUCUCCGCCAUCAAGGGCGUCGAUGUCGAGUUGCGCGAGGACGGUGCGGACAUCUACACCUACCCCUUCGUCAUCGAGAAGGAGUUGCACAUCCCGUGCUCUGCUCUCGGUGGUGCCAACAUCGCUCUCGACGUCGGCAAGGGCGAGUUCUGCGAGACGACCAUCGGCGUACCAUCGCCGAAGGACGCCGCGCUCUGGCACGCAGUCUUCGACGGCCCCGCGUUCCGUGUACACCCCAUCGAGGACGUCGCCGGUGUCUCCCUCUCUGGCGCGCUCAAGAACGUCGUCGCGAUGGCUGCCGGCUUCGUCGACGGCAUGGGCCUCGGCGGCAACACCAAGGCCGCCAUCCUCCGCCACGGCCUCAUCGAGAUGUCGAACUUCACGCUCGAGUUCUUCCCCUCCGCGUCCCCGCUCACCUUCUCGCACCACUCCGCGGGCAUGGCGGACCUCAUCACGACCUCGUUCGGCGGGCGCAACCGCAAGUGCGCAGAGGCGUUCGUGCGCGCGAAGAUGGAGGGCAAGCCGAAGACGUUCCAGCAGCUGGAGGAGGAGCUGCUGAACGGGCAGAAGCUGCAGGGCGUCGAGACCGCGCGCGAGGUGUUCGAGUUCCUGCAGGCGCGCAAGCGCCUCGACGGGUACCCGCUCUUCGAGAAGGUGUACCGCAUCAGCUUCGAGGGCAUGGACCCGAAGCGGAUGUUCGAGGACCUGUGA